UGUUAUGUGUGACCGGAGCCGAAUUCACUUUCUACAAUGCAGAUAUCCAGUGUGAACGAUGUGAAGAUUUACAAUUUAAGCUACGGAAAGUCUCUUCCAGAGUGGCUGUCAGAUCGAAAGAAGAGGCAGCUACAAAAGAAAGAUGUCGACAUCCAGCGCAGGAUUGAGCUCAUCCAGGACUUUGAGAUGCCCACAGUGUGCACAUCUAUCAAAGUGUCGAGAGACGGGCAGUUCAUCCUGGCAGCAGGCACGUACAAACCCAGGAUCCGCUGUUAUGACACCUACCAGCUGUCCUUGAAGUUUGAGCGCUGCCUGGAUUCAGAUGUCGUGGCCUUUGAUAUCCUGUCUGAUGACUACUCUAAGCUGGUGUUUCUACACUGUGAUCGCUACGUGGAGUUCCACUCUCAGCACGGUCACUACUACAAGACACGCAUUCCCAAGUUUGGACGGGACUUUUCUUACCACUAUCCCUCCUGUGACCUCUUCUUUGUGGGGAGCAGUUCAGAGGUCUUUAGGCUGAAUCUGGAACAAGGCCGCUUCCUCAACUCACUUCAGACAGAUGCUGUAGAGCACAACGUGUGUGACAUCAACCCCGUCCAUCAUUUGUUCGCCACAGGAACCUCUGAGGGAAAGGUGGAAUGCUGGGACCCUCGCGUCCGGAAUCGAGUGGGCAUGCUGGACUGCGCCCUGAGCAGCCUCACUGAAGGAACAGAAGUUCAGAGUUUGCCUUCAAUCACUGCACUGAAGUUUAACGGCUCCCUCACCAUGGCAGUGGGCACCAGCACAGGACAGGUGCUGCUAUAUGACCUGCGCUCCAGCCAGCCACUGCUGGUUAAAGACCACUUCUACAACCUGCCAAUCAAAUCACUCAACUUCCACGAUCCGAUGGACCUGGUCGUGUCCGCAGACUCCAAGAUCAUCAAAAUGUGGAACAAAGACAAUGGCAAAGUGUUCUCCUCCAUACAGCCUCAGAGCAACAUCAAUGAUGUUUGCAUGUAUCCUCGUUCAGGAAUGCUCUUCACUGCCAACGAAGAUCCCAAGAUGAACACGUUCUACAUCCCGGCUCUGGGGCCCGCGCCUCGCUGGUGCUCCUUCCUCGACAACCUGACCGAGGAGCUGGAGGAAAGCCCAGAGAGCACAGUGUACGACGACUACAAGUUUGUCACCAGGAAGGAUUUGGAAAAUCUGGGUUUGUCUCACCUGGUGGGAUCAUCUCUCCUGAGAGCCUACAUGCACGGCUACUUCAUGGACAUCAGGCUUUAUCACAAGGUCAAAAGCAUGGCAAAUCCUUUCGCAUACGAGGAGUAUCGCAAGGAUAAGAUCCGACAGAAGAUCGAGGAGUCCAGAACCCAGAGAGUCCAGGUUAAGACGCUGCCCAAAGUCAACAAGGAGCUCGCGCUCAAGCUGAUGGAACAGGGAGACGACGAAGCAGAGCUGGCCUCGAGGAAAAAGAAGGGCAAGGUCCUCCCUUCCAUCCUUGGAGACGACCGCUUCAAGGUGAUGUUCGAGAACCCAGAGUACCAGGUGGAUGAGCAGAGCGAGGAGUUCCGCCUGCUCAACCCCAUCGUCUCCAAGGUGGGACAGAAGAGGAAGAAGAAGCUGCGUCUGUUGGCACAGCAAGCUGCGGUUUCACAAAAGGAGGCCGAAGAGGACGAUGAGGAAUCCGAGGGGCGAGCCAGCUCCGAGGAAGAGAGUUCGGAUGACGACAAGAGCUGGGUGGAGGAGGUGAGGGAGCAGCGGAGGCUUCUGUGGGAGGAGGGUCGAGACCGCCGGCGGCAGGAGAGGAAGGACGCGGAUCGCAAAACGGUGCUGCUGGAGAAGGAACAAAACGGAGGAGAGAAAACCUCAAACACAGCCGAGAGCAAGAAGAAGAGUCAGCCCCAGUUUUAUCAGAUUAAAGCCGGGGAGGAGUUCCGCAGUUUUAACGACAUGGCCCGCAAGCAGAAACUACAGAAGGCUUCUCUGGAGGACCGUCUGAAGUUGGAGGAGCACACUGGAACCAGCAGCAUGGCCGACACUGCAGUGGGCAGCAAACAGCUAACCUUCACUCUCCAAAAGUCAGAGCAACAGAGGAAGCAGCAGCAGGCAGAACGAGAACACCAUGAGGAGAGGAAGAAGCUAAGGCGCUCUGCCGGACACUUGAGCAGCAGUCGUGGGAGGGGUUGGGGCGGCGGAAGAGGCAGAGGCAGAGGAAGAGGAGGAGGAGGAAGAGGAGGAGGAAGGGGCAGAUACUGAGAAUAGCAGCGCAAGUCCACAUCCAGCGCCUUUUGUGCUGGAUGGAGAACGGUCUUCACCUUAAAAAGUCCCAAGUUUUCUAGUUUCUUACCUUCACUCCGCCCUGGAAGAUUUCUUAAAAAAUGUAGAAGAAUGUCGAUGUUUAAGCUUCUGGAGACGUUCUGCACAAGUGGCAAAGACUGACAUUAAUGAACAGACAUGCCUGCCCUGCUCCUGGGUGGUCUCGGCCAUGUGUUUAGCUGCUCUCUGCAGAAUUCAGAGCAUAUUAAAAAUGAUUACUUAUGUCGCCAGGUGUGUGCAUAUACUGAAAAGACUAUGCCAUUAUCCAAAACACCAUCAAGUACUUUGACUACAUACAUUUUUAGCAUGGGUGGCCCCAGGAGGAAUUAAAGCUAUGAAGAGCUGAAAGGACUUAACAUGACCUGCCUUGUCUCAGGCAUCUAGUUUCUUACAGCUGCUCCUUAGUGGAGCCCUCUAUUACAGUUAAUGGAGGGGAUAAAAGGUGCGUGUGUGUAAAAAUGUAUUUUUUAAUGCUAUUUGUUAUUAUGUAUUGUUAAGUCAACAUUGGAUUAACAACACUUGUACUAUAUAUUAUAUUUGGUACAACA